UUACUCAUAAGCCGUGCGACCAGCCGACGGAGAGCAGGGGCGCCAAGUGGCAAGAGCCCGACCUAAAGGUAUACGCCCAAACGCAGAAAAUUGCACUCCAGCUGUGCCAGGGCAGGAUGAACACUCCCGAGAGUCGCAAGCGUGCCAUGGCCUACUGCGACAAAUUGUUUUGGAUCGCAAAGCGUGCGCAUGAAAUCGGCCUCCCGAACAAUCUGCUGAAGCCCAAGGCCAGAUCCAUCACGACGCUCAGCGGCCAUCCUGUGGAAGUCAAGCUGAAAUUCACGGAGCGUCUCCAGAAGGUGAAGGACAUCAUCGGAAGCAACAAGCACAUCGCCCUUGAUGUGCUGAGAGGCGAGAGGUUGGACGACAUCGUUUGGGCGCCGAUCUCCUCCGUGAAGCGCAAGGAGUCGAACACCAAGGGCAACGGGCGGAAGAGCGUGGCACUUGUCAAGGCGAAAGACAAGAAGCAGGGUCUGGUUGGUGGAAUCAAGGUCACCGAUGCCACCAACGCGACUGAUGGAGCUGAUGCGGAGGACGGCGAUGUUGAGGCAGUCGAAGAGGAGGAGUCGUCUGAGGACACUGUCGUCAAGAGUAGUGCCAAGCGCAAGCGCACUGCAUAGAGCGUGUGACUUGCACCACGGACUGGCUGCGACCGUCCAGCAGCGAGCAGAUGAGACGGAAGUCAGAGAGUGAGAGCGUUCUGUUUAUGAGAAGACGACCUGACAUUAGCAUGGCGUUGGGAUGCGGUCAAGGGUGCAAGGCACGAGGCGCCCAUCACGGCCGAACGACUUGUUUU